CCCUCCCUCCUUGUUUUUCUUGGAUUCAUCAUAAGCUAUCUCACAAUGGACAACCAUUUCUCCUUGCUUUGAUGCUCUACCAGUAUAUACUUGUUCUGUUUUAGAUUCACAAGUUUUUAACAAUGGCGGCCCAGAACAAUCACACGCUCGCCCAACCAUACACCAAAUCCAAGGAAGUGUCUGCAAUGAUCAAGCAAGGCUUCAUCUCCGAUACCUUUCUUUCUCCUUCUCGCUCGCCGGUCUCCCUCUCCAACAGAUUGUCUUUAUCACCUUCCCACACUCUUUCCCCACCACCUCUGCCGCCUCCUCCUCCUCCAGCAUUGUCCUCUGAUGCUGCACCGUCCAAUUUAUCUCGCCAGAGUCCGACCCUCUUCGAGAUGAUGUCGGAAGAACAUAAUCUUGAUUCCAAGCAGUCGAUUGAUGCCCGACACAAGAUCCACGAAAGGGUUUCUAGGGUUCUUGCCGGGGCUCCAUUUCGAAAUCCAGGAAAUUGGGGUGGAUUUGGAGAUGUCAAGCUUACUAUUACGGGUCGAGAUGGGUAUAGAGUCUCGAUGGACGUUCACCGUAGGGUUUUGGCCGAUCAGAGUAGGUUCUUCGCUGAUAAGCUGCAUCGGGAUGUUACUGACUCGGUUGGUGGGGCGGCAUCUUCAACGGGGAUGCUGUAUCUUUCGGUGGAGAUAUGCGAUUGUGAUGAUGUAGAAGUUUAUGUGGAAACUGUUGUCUUGAUGUAUUGUGAUGAUUUAAAGAAGAAAUUAUUGGGAGAGGAUGUCUCUAAAGUGUUGGGUUUGUUGAAGGUAUCUGCUUCUCUCAUGUUUGAUGCUGGGAUAGAAUCAUGCUUAGAAUAUUUAGAAGCAAUUCCUUGGACGGAAGAAGAGGAGGAGAAAGUCAUCUCUCAACUCAAUGAACUUAAUCUUCACGAUUACGAUUCAGUAUCAGAUGUUCUUCAGAGAGUAUCAGCUCAACCAUCAACUUCUUCAAGAGCAGAUGACAUUUUCUCGAAACUUCUGUCAGGUGUUCUUCAGGCGAAGGAUGAAAAAGCUAGAAGAGAAAUCAAGUCUCUAAUUUCCCGUCUUCUUAAAGAAGAAGAUACCACAAAAGGAGGAGAGAUUUCCAGAGAUACCCUUUAUCAUCUUUCUCAUACAUGUCUUAAUUCUCUCAUACUCCGAUUAUCCGAAGCUACCCUUGUAGACGAAAACAGUAAGGACAGAGGGGUGUUAAUGGGAGAAAUAUCUCGAGAAGCUGAUAACAUGAGAUGGAUUGUGGAUAUACUAAUUCACAAGAAGAUAGGGGAUGAAUUUGUGAAGGUGUGGGCAGAUCAGAAAGAGCUGGCUGUUCUUCAUUCGAAGAUCCCCACUAUGUACAGACACGAAAUAAGUAGGAUAACUGCAGAGCUUUGUAUUGCAAUUGGGAGAGGACAGGUUCUGAUUCCAAAAGAGGUGCGGUUUUCUUUGCUGUGUACAUGGCUGGAAGCGUUGUACGAGGAUUUCGGAUGGAUGAGAAGGGCGUGUAGAUCUUUUGACAAGAAGCUUGUGGAGGAUGGAUUGAGUCAAACCAUUCUAACUUUGCCAUUGUUACAGCAACAAGGGAUCUUGCUGAGCUGGUUUGAUCGGUUUGUUAACAAAGGAGAUGACUGUCCUAAUAUACAGAAGGCGUUUGAAGUUUGGUGGAGGAGAUCUUUCGUUAGACAGCAUGUGGCUGAGCCGCAGAUGCAGAUAAUUGUGCACGAUUAUCCCAAUUGAGAUUUUGUUACUUCUUCUUCUUCUUAUGGUGUAUAGUACCCACCCACACCUUUUUGUUUGUGUUUUUCUUUUUGUGAAUUGGAUUUGGUUUUGUUUUAUUCCUAAGGUAGCCUUUGGCCUCAAGAUAAGAGGUAUUUUGUAUGAACAAGUAAGGAAUGAAGAAUCACACACAAAGAGAGUGUUUAUAAAUU